GUCAAAAGGCUGUCGACGCCUACACGGCAGUGAAUGAUACCGCAUUUUUGCGGGGUUCGUUCAUUUCGACAGUCCAGAAAAGAGGCGCUGUUAUCAUUCAGAAGCGUAAGUUAUCGUCAGCUAUGUCAGCUGCAAAGGCCGCAUGUGACCACAUUCGUGACUGGCACUUCGGCACCAAACCUGUAGGUUUCUAG